AGCCGGGGGAAAGUGUGAGGAACGAGAAAGGGUGUCCUGUCGGCACUAGCACAGACUGCACCGAACAGCUGCAGCCUAGGUUCGCAUAGAAUUUCACAGCAUUGCGAGUAGUACACAUAUCAUUUUAUCCCAAAACCUAUAGAAUAACGUUCACACUAACCAAAUAUUAAAAUGGUUGAUCGCGAGCAGCUGGUGCAGAAAGCCAGGCUGGCUGAACAGGCUGAAAGAUAUGAUGAUAUGGCAGCUGCCAUGAAAUCGGUAACAGAGCUGAAUGAGGCCCUAUCUAACGAGGAGAGGAACCUCCUGUCUGUGGCCUAUAAGAAUGUGGUGGGGGCUCGCCGUUCCUCUUGGAGGGUGAUCUCUAGCAUCGAGCAGAAGACCUCUGCAGAUGGAAAUGAGAAAAAGAUUGAAAUGGUUCGGGCCUACAGGGAGAAGAUUGAGAAGGAGCUGGAGGCUGUGUGUCAGGACGUGCUCAACCUGCUGGAUAACUACCUGAUCAAGAACUGCAACGAGACGCAGCACGAGAGCAAGGUGUUUUACCUGAAGAUGAAGGGCGACUACUACCGCUACCUGGCCGAGGUGGCCACGGGCGAGAAGAGGGCCACCGUCAUCGAGUCAUCAGAGAAGGCUUACAACGAGGCCCAUGAGAUCAGCAAAGAGCACAUGCAGCCCACCCACCCCAUCCGCCUCGGCUUGGCUCUCAACUACUCUGUUUUUUACUACGAGAUCCAGAAUGCCCCUGAGCAGGCCUGUCAUCUGGCCAAGACCGCCUUCGAUGACGCUAUUGCUGAGCUCGACACCCUGAACGAGGACUCCUACAAAGACUCAACUCUCAUCAUGCAGCUGCUCCGAGACAACUUAACACUGUGGACAAGUGACCAGCAGGAUGACGAGGGAGGGGAGGGCAAUAAAGAUUAAUAAACCACACUUAGAAAAAAAAUAUUAUGAACGGCCGGUGGGCUUUGGCAGCCGCUUUUGCCGAUGAUCGUACCGCAGCAGCAAUUCUUUAUUUUUCCAUGUGUUAAAAGAAAAGAAUCAAAAGAAAGGUGAGAGGGGGGGUUAUAUCUUAGUUUCAUAUAUAUAUAAAUAUAUAUACAUGGUUGAAAGGGCCGACAUCUUCUUGAUUUUCUCUUUGACAUUUGCCAAAACCACUGAAAUGUCAGUCAAUCAGCCUGAAGUGGCCGUUGUUGGAUUGGUUUGGCAACCUCACACUGGCAUAGGGACUGGUGUCGUUGUACCAAGGGAAGCUGCUUAGUUAGGUUUAUGCAUGAUAGAGAUGCAGACACUUGAGGAAGGGAAAAAAAACACUUGAGUGAGAGUGCCUCACAAAAAUAGCUUGCAAUGGUUCCAGUACUAGCUUAAAGGGCAACUCCGCCACUUUUCAACCUCAUAUUCAUUAUCUCCAGCACCAAACCAGUGUCUACAUAUGUGAAAACAGUGCGUUUCUA